CAGCAUUUGAAAACGCUGCGCCGGAGCCCUGGCUGCAGCUCAGCACUCCCCCCCUCCCCUCAUUCUUCCUGCACCAUGGUUGUUCCCAGGAAGCAUCGCACAAUUGUCGAAAACACCUACCCCUGUGGAAUCUGCAAGAAACAGCCUUACAAGUACAUUUGUCCAAGAUGCAACCUUCGCUAUUGCUCAUUAACCUGCUAUAAAGAUCAAGCUCAUGUGCAAUGUACCGAGUCGUUCUAUCGGUCCUCGGUGAUGGAAGAGAUGAAGUCCAAUCCUGAAGUUGCGGCCGAGGGUCGAAAAAAGAUGCUGGGGAUCCUGGAUCGGUUCGAGAAGGAGGCCAUUGAUCAGGAACGGAUGAUGGAUAUGUCCGAAGAGGACAUUUUACGGCAGAUACAAGGGCAGCAACAGCAACAGCAACAGCGUCAGCAUGGACCACCAGAAAAGUUGGGAACAGCAUAUAAGAGCGACGGGCGUGAUUCAGAAACACCAGGAGCUGUGCGGACGAAACUCACGCCCAAGGAACGAAGCGAUUUAAUCCGGAAGGCGAUUGAGGAGGAACAGAAGGAGGCCAAUAUCGACCUUGCGGGGGAUGAUGGAAGCACGCAGUCGAUUGAUCCAGAGCAGCGCGAAGAGAUGGAGCGGAUGCUGGAGCAGGAACAUCAGGACAUGAUGAAGCGGUUUCAGGACGUGGAUCUGGACAAGGAGUCGUUCGACAGUAUAUGGGCACGACUCACUCCGGAGGAGCAACAGGAAUUCCGAGAGAAAUUCAUGAUAUCGACUCGAAUGGACGACGACGAUGCUUUGGAGGAAAGCGCAGGGGCCAGUGUGGCCGACGCCAGUGAUGCUGAGGCGGACGACCAUGAAGAGGAACUGGAAGCGAAAAGGCUCCUGCAAGAGAUGGGCGACACUUUGAAGCGUGGUGGCGCCAACAGCGGCAAGGCAGCCAAUCCCAUGAUGGCAGAUCUCGAUACAGAGGAUUUACGUGCAAUUCGAGACGCCGAGAUCUCGGAGUUGAUCCCCAUCUGGAGGCCGUGGUGGGAAGUGGAGGCAGAGGAAGCAGGCCAUCUGAAGAAGGUGGUUGUCUCCGAAGUUGCGAAUAAGGAGGAAUUGGAUCGCUUGAACGCUGCAUCCAUUAGCACGGCGGCACCGCAGGCUGGGCCAGAGACCUCAAGCAGUAUACCCGAACAGAUCGCAGAGUCUGUCUCACCAUCCGGCAAGGUUCUGGAGAGAUUCGUGUUGGAUGAAGAAGCUAUGCUGCAGCCGCUUCAAGCGCUUGUUCAGGAUGUUGAGAAAAUCAGAAAAGAACAGGAGAGGAUUCGGCAGGGUACAGACGCUGUCGUUCCAAUGGUUAGAGCCCCUCAUCCGUCCAUGAUCUACCAUGUGUGCGCACUCUUAUUUGCAUACGUCGCCACAUGUCGCGUCCUGAACGGAGACCUGAUAGAAGAACCCGAGCAGACCCUGGCAUACAUUUUCGAUCUGUGCCCGUUUUUCUCUCCACCGGGACCUGCUCCUGCGUCGAUCCCAUCAACAUCUUCGACCGCAAACGUACGACAGAUUGCUGAGGUGGAUGACUUUGAAACAACUCUUGCAGUCCUUCAAGCGAGUAGUCUGAAUUCGAAGCUAUGGAAGGGUGACACUCUGCGACUCGAGAUGCUAUCGCUCUUACUCCGCGACCUGACCCUGAUCCUUGCUCGACCAUCGCGGUGUCUUUGUUGUAUUCGACAACUCAAGGAUGUCUUUUCGACUUGUAUGACAGCCUCAGGAAAAGGCCCGUCGAAACGGCAGCGACUCUACGAGAAAUCAACACUGCAUCGACUGUUCAAGAAACUGGAGUUUUAUGAAUCCUACUUGUUGUCGGAGGAGUGGAUGCUGAGAUCAGACCGGCUGGAUCGGGUCAGGACAGAGGUUGUUGUGACAGGGAUCCGUGUCCGUCAAGAGAUGGUGGGGUGGACUCAGGACAUUGAAAAGGCGUCGAGAGCUCAGGGGCCAGGCAGUGAUACGGUAGAGUCGAAGGCAAAAAAAGGAGCAGAUACCCCACAGCGCGUGCUGAUCGAAGAACUAUCAUAAUUGUGAUCAUAGUGGCACAUUUCGUUUUAUAACGGUGUCUUCUCCCCCGCAUAUCGGAAAGUUUGCGCUCCUCGUUUACAGUAGAUUAGACUAUUUAUAUUUAGGAGGAAGAGGAAGCGCGACAUCUCCGUGGAAUGUAAAAAAAAAAAAAGAUUUCAAAUCCC